AUGUCAAAAAAAUAUAAAACUACUGGCCGGGGUCAUCGAAUGAUAAAUUUAGUGCUUCAAUCUGAGUUUGCUGACGAUAAUACCGACCGUGUCGCCUCUGUCGCCGCCGCCGCAUCGGUGAAAUCUCCUCCACAUCUUGACGAUUCAUUAAUUACGCCAGAUGAUUUAGGAUUAAUUAAUCUUGAAUCUAUAUCUCCUAUGUCGGAGACGCCAUCACUGUUGCUGUCACCAACAACUACUGCGGAUAUUAUGCCAAUCUUGUUCAGUAGUGAUGACGAAGAGGAGCCGUUGGUGAUAUCUACUCGGGCUAUCGUACAUUCCAAUUUAGAAGGUAGUAAUGAGGUAGUCAGCAGUGCAGCAAAUGAAAAUCUGAAUAAUAUUUCCGUAUCAUCACAAUCAGUACGUUCUGCCAAGCUACCAUCUCCAGACUUGGAUGCCAUUCUCUCACUUGGGAGCGAUGUUAGUGUGCAACACUGGGUUCCUCCCUCAGAAAAAAGAAAACGGCGGUUGUCUGUAUCUGACAGUGAAGAUGAAGUCCCAUUGUUGCUAUUAAGAAGGAGUGAGCCAAGCUCUUUAGAAAAUAUAAUACCGACAGACGAGGACAUAGAACACCAUUGCAGGUCUAAAGAAAACGUUGUGCAAUUAAAUAAAAAAGCUAGAGUUUCAGAUAAGUCCUACCUGGGAUUCAAGAAGAGUGAUAAUGGGAAAUAUAAACCCUGUGUUGAAAAACCAAAAAGAGAAAUCAAACCUCGAUGUUCUCACACAAAAUUGAACACCGAUACAAAACAUAAAAACUCAUUCUUGUGUGCAUCCAUUACGGAAGAAGAUCGUAAAGCUAUUCAUUCAUAUUUCUGGGGCCUUAAAACAAGGGCCGAAAAGAAAACGUUCAUGAAGACUGCUGCUGUUCGUAGAUUAAUUAGAUGUCGUCGCCGCAAAGACCAGACUUCAAUGAAAAAAGGAAGUGGACAUGAUAUUUUUUUGAACACUUGCGAAGAAAAGUGCACUAAAGGCGCCCCGGCCCCACAUGAAGCACCCCAAAAGAAAACUAAACUCACGGAUUAUUAUGUAAGCGACUCUUCCAAGGAGUUAAGAGUGACUAGAAUGGCAGCAUCGGAUGGUAUCCCGUUGAGCAAAUUUUGUACUUCUGAAGACCUAAGGCAUGUUUUCAAAAAAUCCGGCUAUGAUCUACCGAAAUCGCCAACAACUAUAACCAGUAUAGUUUUAGAGCUAUACGAUAAUACAAAAAACGCACUGAUACGUCUUUUAAAGGAAGUGAAGUCCCAAAACAAAAGAUUUACAAUGACAUUUGAUGAGUGGACCUCUACCCGAAAUAAAAGAUAUAUGAAUAUAAAUAUCCACAGUAAAGAUCUCGAACCAGCUAAUUACAAAAAUUUGGGUCUGGUGAGAAUAAAAUGUUCAAUGCCAGCAGAUGUAGGAACUCAGCUAAUACAACAACAUUUGAGCAACUUCGGACUUAGCCUCGAAGACAUAGUUGCUUUCACAACAGACGGAGCCAGCGUAAUGGUUAAAAUGGGCAAAAAUUUUGACGGCCACAAUCAAUUGUGUUUCGCCCACGGCAUACAACUUGCGGUUCUCGAUGUGCUAUAUAAGUCAAAGAACCAGUCAACGCCCAAUCCCAAUCCAGAGCAACAAGAUAAAGAACUGGAUUACGACUCUGAAGAUUCUGAAGAAAACUAUGGAGGAUUUUAUAUCGAAAUACCAAGAAUUCCAGAAUCUGAAUUUCUGUACAAAGAUACUAUAAAAAAAGUACGAGAUUUGGUUAAAUCUUUUAAAAAGUCACCCUUGAAAAAUGACUUGUAA